AUGUCGUCGCGUGGGAACCGGUGUCGCGUUGCGGUGACGUCUCUCGUAACUGGAGCGGAUGGAACUUUUUCUUGGUGUGGUGAGCUAGACCUGGAGACCCGGAGACUUGGAGCGGGCUCAGACGAUAUGCUGAGGCUGACCGUCGUCCUGGAUGCAGUAGCUGGAGCGGGCUCACGCUUAAGAGCGGAGGCUGAUCGUCGUCCUUUGAGCGGCUGGAGCGGGCUCACGCUUAAGAGCGGAGGCUUAUCGUCGUCCUUUGUAGUUGACGCAGGCUUAACCUUUGGUCAAGGCUUACUAGUUUUAAUUUAUAUUUAUUUCAACUCAAUCAUUUUUUACAGUGAAACAACUACCUCUCAGGAUGAUAAUCACAACUGGUCUGUAAAUGCAUCGACAAUAGAAGAAUACUUAGGACACAAUGUGAUGAACGAUACCGAUACCUAUGAGAGGCUGUACGAUGUCCCUACGGGCAUGAUUGUGUUGCUUUCCUUCUUGUACGGAUCCAUAUCAGUGUUGGCUGUAGUUGGGAAUUUCCUCGUCAUGUGGGUAGUAGGGACGUCACGUCGGAUGCAAAGUGUUACAAACUGCUUCAUCGCUAAUCUAGCUUUAGCUGACAUAGUUAUAGGAUUGUUUGCCGUACCAUUUCAAUUCCAAGCUGCGUUACUUCAGCGAUGGCUACUCCCACAUUUCAUGUGCGCAUUUUGUCCCUUUGUACAAGCACUUAGUGUAAACGUCAGCGUGUUUACAUUGACUGCAAUUGCCGUUGAUCGACAUCGAGCUAUAAUUACACCGCUCAGCGCUCACACAUCCAAACGCAUUGCUAAGAUUAUAAUAGUAUUUAUAUGGAUAUUGGCCCUAGCACUUGCUGCACCUAUGGCUAUGUCGUGGGAAGUCAUCAUGAUAGAAGAUCAAGAGCCAGUUUCAAAGCUUUUCUACGUAAAACCAUUUUGUGCACCAACUGAAUUCGGAUCACAUUCCUUAUCCAUAUACAGGCUUAUACUGUACAUUUUCCAAUAUAUCAUUCCACUAUGUGUGAUAACAUUUGCGUAUGCACAUAUGGCUAUGAAGUUAUGGGGUGCACGUGCGCCCGGAAACGCUCAAGAAAUUCGUGAUGCAAAUCAAAUGAAAAACAAGAAAAAGGUUAUAAAAAUGCUGGUACUGGUGGUAGUACUGUUCGCUCUGUGCUGGCUUCCUCUACAAACAUAUAUGUUGCUUCAGUCAUUUUUUCCGUCGAUAAAUGAGUAUAAGUACAUAAACGUACUUUUCUUCUGCUUCGAUUGGCUGGCAAUGAGUAAUUCCUGUUAUAAUCCUUUCAUUUACGCCAUUUAUAACGAAAAAUUCAAAAAAGAAUUUAAACAAAGAUUUAAUUUUAGAAAAAAACGGAACAGAUUUACAAAUGAUAGUUAUGAGGACGGUCAAUCAUACAGAACUCGCAUUUUAUCGAUUCGGUCGGCAAAUGACAGAAUGUGCUCGACAAGAAAAUCGAUAAAUAUUACGCCCGUCGAUACUUUGAAGACUUCCAAAAACUCAUGUCAAUGCAUGAAAAAUCAAAAGAGAGAAUUUGGCAAAGAAAAUCAAUGUCAAUCCCAAAAACCCCACAAUCCGAUUAAAAAUGGAGGUCGACACGACACACGCGCUGAAGAAUUUUCUCGGUCUAGAUUUGAGGAUAAUGAUAUACCGAUCGGGGACGAAAGAGUCAGCGAAUUAUAUAUAUUUCCAAAUAGUAGUAAAGUAGAGUUUACGGAUGUAUUUAGUGAUAACAAAGUGUAAAUGUUAAUAUAUCUAAUUUUAAGUAUUUACUAAAAUGUGAUUAAAUAUGUAAUUUAAUUAAGACAGAUUAUUAAAUUAAGGGAGGUGA